AAUCAAAUCCUAUAUUUUACUUGAUCUGACGAAUGAAUAUUCCAGUAGGAGAGUCCGUCAACGAUUCACGCACGUAAGAAAGAUCGACGGUGAAAGUGAACUGAAGGGAAGGGCCCACAUCAGAUUAGAUUAAACCCCGAUUGGAAAUAAUUUGCAGAUAUCUCUAGGGUUUGAGCCACCCCAAGGGGCAAGAGUUGAGUUCGGUGUUGCUUCCAGGUACCUAGGGUUUUAUCCUCCUCCUCCGUCGACUCGCUGAAACAUUUCUCCGGUUGUAAUUUCAUCUAAUCCAAAACCCCAUCACUCGCAAUCAAAACAUUUGCGUCAAAGAUUGAUGCUUUUCGAGCUUGUUCAUCGGUAAGUGCCCCCAUUUCUCUCUAUCCUUUUUCAUUAAAUUCUCGUCGAAAACAGUGAAAGCUUGCUGCUUUGAUUCUUCAUCCAUCAAUUUUGGAUUAGAUAGAUACAAUAUUUUGUGUAUAUAAGUGGGAGAGUGUAAUUUAUAGGGGGUGGGAGAGAGGGAGAGGAUUAUAUGGGGAAAUCAGGUGGUAGGAAGAAGAAGGGAGCUUCGAACCAGGUCCCGACGGAUGCGAAUUCGACUCCGAUUGUAAACGGUAGUGUUGAUUUGGACAAUUCGAUCUUUUUGAAAAGAGCCCACGAGCUCAAAGAAGAAGGGAACAAGAGAUUUCAGGGGAAGGACUAUGUGGGUGCUCUGGACCAGUAUGAUAGUGCUCUUAAGCUCACUCCCAAGACCCACCCGGACCGGGCGGUUUUCCAUAGCAAUAAGGCGGCUUGUUUGAUGCAAAUGAAGCCAAUAGAUUAUGAGACUGUCAUUGCUGAGUGCACCCUGGCGCUCCAGGUGCAGCCCCGGUAUGUCAGGGCUCUGCUUCGGAGGGCGAGGGCAUUGGAGGCGAUAGGGAAGUAUGAAAUGGCUAUGCAGGAUGUUCAGGUGUUAUUGGUUGCUGACCCAACUCACAGGGAUGCUUUGGAGAUUGCCCAGCGGUUGAGGACAGCGCUUGGCGUGCGUCAGGAGGCUCAGCAGGACCUCCAGAGCCGCCCGUCACCUGCUGCCCUUGGGGCUUCUGCUGUUCGCGGUGCUCCAGUUGGUGGGUUGGGGCCUUGUUUACCAGCCCGGCCUGUUCCAAAGAAGGCAGCUGCUUCAGCUGGUGGUUCUGGUAUAUCCCCAAGUAAUAGGACUGAGAAGCCUCAAACAAGUUUACCGGCUGAGAAUGGACCUUUGAACAAAACCCAAAUGCCAAAACUCACAUUGAAGCCGUCAAAUGGUCCUUCAAAAUCUGCCAAUCCAAGUAAGGGUAACCUGAAGGAGCCGUCAUCUUCAGUUUCAUUGCCAGAGGCUGCAACUCGUUGGAGACCAUUGAAGCUUGUUUAUGAUCAUGACAUAAGGCUUGCCCAAAUGCCUGUGAAUUGUAAUUUCAGAGUAUUGAGGGAAAUUGUGACGAAGCGCUUUCCAUCAUCAAAGUCAGUUUUGGUCAAGUAUAAGGAUAGUGAUGGUGAUCUGGUGACUAUAACCUCUACUGCUGAACUUAGGUUGGCUGAGUCUUGUGUUGACAAGGUCAUUUCAGAAGAGCCUGAAAUAGAUAAAGCUGAUUCUAUUGGGAUGUUGAGAUUGCAUAUCGUGGAAGUGACUCCUGAACAGGAACCGCCUUUAUUGGAAGAAGAGGAGGAAAAACCUGUCGAAACCGAGGGGAUCAAGGAAGAUGAAAGUAACUCUAAUUCUUCACUUGGUGAAUCUGUUUUGGAGCCUGCUGAUUAUGAAACUGACAAGACAGAGAAAGAAGUUCCAAAGGAGAAACCAGGAGCUGCAGAAGAUCCCGAGUGCAAGGAAUUGGAGAUGGAUGAUUGGUUGUUUGAGUUUUCUCAGCUUUUCCGCAGCCAUGUUGGCAUUGACCCAGACGCUCAUAUUGAUUUGCAUGAGCUUGGAAUGGAGCUUUGUUCGGAGGCUCUUGAAGAGGCAGUUACUAGUGAAGAAGCUCAGAGUCUUUUUGACAAGGCUGCCUCAAAGUUCCAGGAGGUGGCGGCAUUAGCUUUCUUUAAUUGGGGAAAUGUUUAUAUGUGUGCGGCAAGGAAGCGGAUUCCCUUAGAUGAGUCUGCCUGCAAGGAUGUAGUGGCUACGCAGCUUCAAAUGGCCUAUGACUGGGUCAGGGAAAAAUAUUCCUUGGCCAGAGAGAAGUAUGAAGAGGCACUUGUGAUCAAGCCAGAUUUUUACGAGGGGUUGCUGGCGCUGGGGCAGCAACAAUUUGAAAUGGCCAAACUUCAUUGGUCAUUUGCACUUGCUAGGAAAAUAGAUCUCGCGACCUGUGAUUCUGCAGAAAUGCUGACACUUUUUGACAGUGCGGAGGCGAAGAUGAGAGUUGCAACUGAGAUGUGGGAGAAGCUGGAGGAGCAGAGGGCAAAGGAACUGAAGGAUCCAAGUGCAAGCAAGAGGGAUGAGUUGAUGAAAAAAAGGAAAAAACAAGGUACUGGGAAUGAAGGUGAUGCAUCUGGUCAGGGUGAGAUUUCAGCAGAUGAAGCUGCAGAACAGGCAGCUGUUAUGAGAUCACAGAUCCAUCUCUUCUGGGGUAACAUGCUUUUUGAGCGAUCCCAGGUCGAAUGCAAAUUGGGGAUGGAUGGUUGGAAGAAAAACCUGGACGAUGCUGUGGAGCGCUUUAAGCUUGCUGGAGCUUCUGAGGGUGACAUCGCAUUGGUUCUGAAGAAUCAUUUCUCCAACGUCGAAGUAGUGGAGGGGGAUGAGAAAAAGGUUCAGAUUCUAGGCAGUGACGUUUCUGUUGAAGCCAAUAAAGAUGAUGAGAUUCUUUCAGGGAAGUAAGAUCAUCUAUUUUAGUGGUGGCUUCCAUGAAAAGCUUCAUUUUUUGCAUGUUCAUCAUGAGAAUAACCGGAGAGAAGAGGUGUAGGUUUUCUGUACUGAAUGUUUGAAUUCUGGAAUGCUUUUUAUUCAGUUUGAAAAGGUCGGGUGCCGGAAUAUGCAGCUGUGUACUCAAAAAGAUUUUGGGCAAUGUUCUUAACAUUUUUCUCAAUGAUGAUGAGUUGUUAGUGUCGAUUUUAUGUGCGUAGCGUCUGAUUUUUUAGCAUUGCUGCUCCGAUUCAGUGCAGCGUGGUAUGUAAUUGCAAUCUUUAUAUUUGAUAAAGUGAACUUUUUUCGCAGUA